UAGCGAUUGAACAUAGCCAUAGAAGUUCCGAGGCUCAUCGUAUGAGGGAGACUAGAGUUUGGAUUAGUUUGACACCCAGAGGACGGAGAGGGUGCCGGGCCCCUUCGUGGGCCGGCACAAGCCCAGUAUGCAGGGCGCCCAGCAUGCUAGCGCCCAACAGAUACUGUCUUCCGACCCAAAGAAUCUGCGUAUCUUAGUUAUAGACAGCAAGGCUGCGUCUCGUCAGAGCACUACGCAGCUCUUGAGGGAGUGCUCAUAUCAGGUGACCGCAGUGAAAACUGCGCGCGAGGGACUUCAGCUGCUCUUAGAAGCGGAGCAUGGAGGUGGCUUUGACUUGGUGCUCAAGGAGCAUGAGCCUCCAGGCGCAAACGCGUGCCGCCUUCUCAAGCGCAUGGCGAAAACUGAGAACCUCACCGGCACACCUGUUGUUGUGACUUCAACAAAUAGGGACAGAGAAACAGUGAUGUCUUGCCUGUCUCUUGGAGCAAUCGACUACCUUAUAAAGCCGCUUCGCCAGAACGAGCUCCGUCACAUCUGGACACGCGUUUGGUGGUGGCAGAAGAGCCAAGGCCAGCACGCGGGAGAACCCGCUGCGCAUGCACCUCGCCAUUACACAUUCCGCGGACCAGGCAGCGCAAACCGCCAGUACGAGGCGACCUCUAGUGACUCCAAGCAAACUAAAUGUCAAGAGGAGGAAGAGCCCACGUCCAAGGAGGGCAGCGCACCCGAUAACGGCAACGGUAACGGGAGCAACGGUAACGGCAGCAAGGGCAAUGGAAGCAAUGGAAGCAAGGAGGGCAACGGAACCAGUCGGGUGGAUGACAAACCGCACUGCGACAUCAAAGAUACCGGACACGGCUCCAACGGCAACGGUCAUGGAUCCAACAACGGUAACGGCCAUGGGUCCAACGGCAACGGUUCCAAUGGCUCCUCAGACAACAAAAACGGCGGCAACGGCAAUUCCGCUACCAAGGGCGAUGGCAACGGUCACGGUUCUAACGGUAACGGCGCCAGUACGACCCUGGCGGUUGAUCGGCACUACCAGGCGCUGGUCAACACAGCUGAGGGCAAGAUGCCGGCCAAUCUGCUAGUGCCCAAUCACGAUGGAUUGCAGGGCCUUGCCAUGGGCGGAACCAUGGGUCGCUCCUCAGCCUUCGCGCAGUACACAGGGCCCAGCAGCAGCAGCCGCAAGCGCGGCGCCACGUCAGACGCAGCGGCUCAGCCCUCAGGUGGCGGCCGAGAUCGAGAUCGCGAUCGAGACCGAGAGCGCGAUCGCAGCAAACCCGCAACGGCUGCAACGCAAGAGGAGGGUAAUGGCACGUGCGGGGGCAUGGGUCAGAUGACCGGGACCGAGGGCACGGGUACAGGGGGCGGGGGUGCGGGUGGAGGCGGUGGAGGUGGCAGCGGAGGCACGCCCGGGAGCAGGUCCAAGGCGGGGGGCAUGCCUCGAGACAGGGCGGCAGCAGCAGCGCUCCGGGGCUCUAACGGCAGCGGCCAUACACACACGCACACGCACGGCGCUUCAGACGGCACCUUCCACCCCCUUGCCGCGGAUCGCGUCACCGCCGCUGGCGGCAGCGCCGCCGGAGGCGGCGGCGGCGGCGGCGCCCUAGGCGGCGGUACGGGUGGUGGCGGCACCACUCUAAACGGCGGUGGCGGCGGCGGCAGCAACGGCGGCGGCGGCGGUCUCAUCAGCGGUAGCACCCCCAACCACGCCGGCUCCUCCUACCACCACCACACCUACGCAAAGCAACCAACACCCUCUAGCGACCCGCCGGGUUCACAGGGAAUAUCCCCCAACAGCCGUUACGUGUCGCUGCACACAACCGGCUCGGGUAGCGCGGGGGGCGUUACCGCCGGAGGCAACGGCGGUGGCGGCGGUGGUGGCAGCCGUUCCGGAGCCGCGGCCGCGGUCCAGCACCAACACCAACACCUGCAACAGCCGCUAUCUCAGCAGCUACAGCAGCAGCAUCUUGCACUGCAUCCGCAGCAGCAGCAGCACCAGCCCGGCAGUGCUGCUGCCGCCGCUUGGCUAGCAGGCAUCGCAGCGGCACAGCAUCACGCCCCGCACGCGCAUGCGCAUGCCCACCACCCCCCAACGCAUCCGCAUGCCCACCAAGCCUUGGUGGGUCUGCCGCCCGCGGCUGCGGCCCCGGCGGGGUUUCCAGGCGUGUUCGCGCCCUCGCCGUUUGGUUUGCCGGCCGGUCAACUUCUUUCCCGCAUGGCGCAUCCGGCGCUUCGUUUCGGCCCCGCUGCUGCUGCUGCUGCAGCGGCGGCUGCGGCUGCUGCUGCUGCUGGUGGGGGCGGUGGAAAUCCGGGAGGUGUGGGUCAGGUUGAGGCACACCAUCCGCCUGGGCUGCAGUCGGUGUUUCCUUUCCCGCCAAACGAUGCGCUGGCUGCGCUGGCGGCGGCGUCCGAGGCCGCCCGCGCCGUCGCUCCCCAACACGGCCACCCGCCUCCUCCCCACAGCCUCCUCCUCAGCGCACUAGCACAGCAACAGCAGCAGCAAUCCCCACACACCGGAGAGGCCGCAGCCGCUGCUCAACCCGCAGGUGCACACCCAUCCUCGACUGCUGCCGCCGCCGCUGCAGCAGCAGCAGCGGCAGGGGCGCCGCCGACGUCAGCGCUGGGCGCACCCCUGCCGCCGCCGCCGCCAGCUCCCCCGGCGGGCCCUCCCACCAGCGGCGCCACCAACCUGAAUGCCAUGUUCCUGAACCAGCUGCUGGCGGGGGGAGUGCCGCUGCAGGCAUUUCUGGGGCAGCCGUCCCUGUCCCAUCCCGCUGCCCCCCCGGGCUCUCGCGGCCUGCCUCAUCCCUCCUCCGCCUCCCUGCACCCGCACCUCCACCCACACCACCAACAGCAACAAGCGGCCGCCGCCGCCGCAGCAGUGGCCGCAGCAGCCACCGCUGCGGCUGCCUGGCGCGCACCGCCCUUCACGCCCGCGGCGUCUAUCGCCGCCGCCGCGGCGGCAGCCGCUGGGGUGCUCGGGCCCUUUCCCGGGGCGCUGACGGCGCAGCCGCCGGGCGGUCAUGUGCUGACGUCAGGCGGCGGCGGCGGCGGCGCUGUCGCCGGGGGCGGAAAUGCCGGCAGCGGUGGCGCCGCGGCGGCGGCGGCUGUGAUGCUGUCGAUGGAUAUGUUGGAGGCUGACGGGCGGUUGGGGCGGGGGCUGAUGCUGCCGGGGGGCGUCUUGGAGCCCAAGCGCCGUCGUGCGCUGGCGCUUGACAAGUACCGUAAAAAACGCAAGAACCUCCGCUUUUCCAAGACCAUUCGUUACGAGGCUCGCAAGCAGCUCGCACAACAACGGCCCCGCGUUCGGGGACAGUUCAUAAAGCAUGACGGAGGCGGCGCCGGCGGCGGCGCUGGCGGCAGCACCGGCGGCGGCGGCGACGGCGGCGAUGCGAUGGACGACGGCGCGCCUACGGUCAGUAACGGCGCCAAGAGCGGCACCGGCGGCGCCGGCGACGUCGCGGGAGAUGACGGGGGCGGCGAGGAGGAGGUUGGGACGGACAACCGGGGUUACUAUGAGGAGGACGACUACGAUGCUGAGGAGGCGGAGGAAGACGAGACGGAGGCGGAACCCGAUGACCCCAUGGACGUCCAGCAAGACCAGCAGCAGCAGCAACCGCAGCAGCAAGUGGGUGGUGGUACGGACGGCAUGAUGGAUCUAGACAACGUCAACGGGCUAGCGACGGCGGCAGCGGUGGCGGCGGCCGUUAACCGCAGCGGUGACGUCAGCGGCGGCGGCGCCGAGGGCCUUCCCCUGGCUGUAACCGUCAAUGGUGGCGGCGGCGGCGUUCUGGCAGCUACAGCCGCCGCGGCGGCCGGGUUACGAGGCUCGGGGGGAAUGCCUCGUGGCGGAGGAGGAGGAGGAGGGGGAGGAGAUGAGGAAGAUGCAGCUGCCACUGCUGCGGUGGUCCGCAGCUUGAUGGGCCUCCGAGACGCAGCGAUGCUGGCCAGGUGCCGACCCAUGGCGGCGGACGCCGACGUUGCUCCGCUGCCGCUGCGAAAGGAAACCCGCUCCUCUCGCUCUGUGGGCAGUCAGGGCUCGCUGUCACGUGAACGCGCGCACAGCCGCGGCCACAGCCACACGAACAGUCACAGCCACAGUCAUGGUCACAGUCAUGGCCACUCCCACAGCCACCAGCAACAGCAGCAGCAGCAACAGCAGCAGCAACUCUCCAUGGGACAAACGGCCCAGCCAGGGCAGCAAACCGCCCACCAGCCAGCCCACCACUUGCAGCAGCAGUUACAGCAGCAGCAGCAGCCCCUUGCACUGCUGCCCCAUGACGACUCCCAGCAGCCGCCCCAGCCAACCCACCAGGCUGCAGCUCCCUCCCAGCACCAAGCCUCCCAGCAGCAGCACCAGCAUCAGCUGGCAGGCGGGUCUCACGGACCCCCCUCUGCUGCUGGCGGCGGUCCUAGGAACGUCGUACAUGGCAGCAUGGGCCACCACCAUCACCACCAUUACCCGCAGCAGCCCCAGUCGCAGCAGCAGCCGCAGCAGCAGCAUCGCAACCCACGGGACCGUGAGGGCGGCGUCAUGGGUGAUCAUCACCACAGCGGCGGCAACGGCAAGAACGGCAGUGACUCGGGGAGCAACUCGCCCGAUGAAAACGGUGUGGGCCCGAGCAGCGGUGCGGGUGGG